AUGUCUGGUAUUUCUGAUUUGCUUGUUCCCGACAUGAAGCUGGAAGAAUUGGAGACAUCACUAGCGACAGGCGGUGAUGAUCCUAAGGACAGAGUGGACAAGGCGAUAACGGAUGCACAGAAUUCGAUUCUUCCGAUGAGAUUACAGUUUAAUGAUUUCAUGCAUACGAUGUCGAAUAUAGAUGAUCUGCAGAAUAGUACACCUAUGGAAAAGUUCAAUCUGAUAAGAAGUAAAGUGCUGGACCUCUCCGAUAAGCUACAAACCAUGUCAGAGGACGUUGGAAAGCUGCACCCAUUGUUCGAUACUAUACCAGAAUACUCAGAAAAGUAUGGGACCAAAAAAUUCCAGCCGUUAGAGACCUUGAGAAUACCCCAAUCCAACUCUGUCUCUAGCCCUCAGACACAAAAUAAUGCAAUUGUAGGCGCAAAUCUCAAUAAGAAAGCCAACAGGUCAAACGAUGGGACUCCUGUUAGUCAAACUAGUACUCCCAUGGGCUCUGCUGUACCCACUCCAUAUGCAACAACAGCCAAGAAGCCAAGGAAACCAAGACAGCCAAAGAAACCUCAAACACCCGCUGCUGCCGCUGCUGCAGCAGCAGUAGCAGCUAACGGCCACAUUAAGAGUCAGGCAUCGCCUACUCCGCCAGCUCAUAUGGUAAGCUCAGUGCCGGCGACCAAUCCCGUGCAAAUGGUGAACAGCGUACCACCAACCAAUAUGAUGGGAACGCCAAUGCAGAAUCUUAUGUCUCCACUGGGGAAUACUCCCAACUAUGGUUUCUCACAACAACAGUCGCAGCAGCAGCCAACUCCACAACAGCAACAGCGACAACAGUACAAUUCUGCGACUAAGAACAGCACAAUGCCCCAAUCGCAGCCAAUGAACCUAAACAGUAUUACUCCAGCAAACAUUUUGAGUAUGAGCAUGACUGGAGACCCUCUUCACCAGCAACAACAACAGAACAAGAAGGAAUUUGAUCCAUUGGACUUUAACAACCUGGAUUUCGGUAAUCUAAACAUGGACAUGAUAUGA